GUUACCGGCUGUUCUCUGUUUACUGCCUUUUAGUUAUAACACUGAACUGGUAUGGUGGUAAACAGCUGUUUCGCUCAGAUGUAUUUUCAGCCCGGCAAACAGUUUAGCAUUUCUGUAUUGGUGUAUUACUCAGUCUCAUGAACUGUCAACAGUUGUAAGAAUGGAAUUAGGCAGAGCGGGCAAAUUACUCUGCAUGAGUCCAAUUUUUAAAGUCGAAGCAAAUCACAGUUCACUAGUUGAGUGAAUAACGAAAUGAGCGAAAUGCUGCGCAUUCUAUGUGGUUUAAUAAUUCUCGGUCAAUUCACCGCGACCAUGGAAUCCGGAAAAAAUUUAACCUGCAUCACAUGGGCCCAUGCUGUUAACAGCAACGAAUUGCUUUCGGCUGUGUUGCAAGGAGACAUCAAUUUCAUUGAAGCAGAUAUUGGUUUGGGUUACUUGGACAGUGAUGUAGAAAAUAUCAAUUUGAUUCCAAUCAUGGCUCAUCCUCCAGCAACUAAAUCGGAUUUGUCAUUGAGAAGUUUUCUAGAGCAAGUACACGAAUUUAAUAAGUUGGCGGAUGCUAACAGGGUUAAAGGGAUUAAGUUGGAUUUCAAAUCCAUCGAAGCGUUCGAACAAUCGGUUCAGAUCAUUCAAUCGUACUAUGAUACGCAACGUUUCACAACGUGGAUUAAUGCAGAUAUAUUGCCAGGUCCUGUCAACAAUACAGCUACCGUUCCAGUGGAUCCGGAGCGUUUCUUCCAAUCCGUGAAGCUUUUAUCGUCUGUCGCCAUUUCUAUAGGGUGGACCACCAAAUGGGGAGACGAUCGAAACGCAGGACAGUAUUCAGACGAUGACAUUAAACAAAUGAUAGAUACGAUAAAAGAGAAUAAUGUUAAUCUAGACAUUACGUUCCCAAUCCGUGCAGGCAUCGCUGCUAAUAGUCAAGUACAAUUGUUUGCACUGUACUCUGCUUUGAAUGAUACAAACAACGUCACGUAUACAAUUUGGUCAAGUGCCGGUGAUGCGGUAAAUGUAGAAAAGCUAAAUCGGUUCAUAGCGGAAUUUGGAGAGGAUAAAAUUUAUGUGGACGUUCCUGACGAGUUGAAAAAGCAACUUAAUUUGAACUGCAGUUCUAAGAACAUCAAAAAUAAAUGCUAG